AUGUCCACGUGGAAAGCCAGGCUCGGCAAAAGACUGACGUUCCCAUCUACAAGGAUGCAUCCAUUCCCGUGCUCAGCUCUGCUCACUUGCUUUGGGACUACAAGGGAGAACACACCUUUCGACCAGUCCAGUGUGACUGAAACACACUCCACCAUCUACGGUCAGCCCACAGCCAAGGUGGGUCAGCAGCCCAGUCACCCAAGAGGGACAGAAGGACUUUCAGAGCAGAAGCCAUAUUCUGGCACCUUUUCGGAGAGAAAUGGCAGUGCCAAUGGAGAUUCUAGUCACCACUUUGCUGCUGAGACCCCCGAGGGUCUUGGCUCCUUGGACGGUGAGACAGUUGCCUUCCAGAUGUCCAUCCCCAGGCCCUCAAUCAUUGAAAAACCAAUGGAAGAAGAGGAAUCCCGAGAAGAACUUAAAUGCCUCAAGUCAGGACAGAAAACGACACCAGACAGCCUGCUUGAGGACGCAGAUCCGAAGGACACAUACCUCAUUCCAAGAAGCAUCAUGGCUGAGCCAGACUACAUAGAAGAUGACAACCCUGAACUAAUUAGGCCGCAGAAACUUGUCAAUCCUGUCAAAUCUUCCCGGAACCAUCAGGAUCUUCACCGAGAACUUCUUAUGAAUCAGAAAAGGGGUCUUGCCCCUCAGAAUAAGCCAGAACUGCAGAAGGUUAUGGAAAAGAGAAAACGAGAUCAGGUAAUCAAGCAGAAAGAAGAAGAAGCACAAAAGAAGAAAUCUGACUUGGAAAUAGAACUAUUAAAGCGGCAGCAGAAGUUGGAGCAGCUUGAACUUGAGAAGCAGAAGCUACAAGAAGAGCAAGAAAAUGCCCCCGAGUUUGUGAAGGUUAAAGGCAACCUCAGAAGAACAGGCCAGGAGGUGCCCCAAGUGCAGGAGUCAUAGGUCCCCAACCCAGGCACGGACAGUGGCAGGUCCUCUACCUCCAUCAGCCCGGCCAGCAAACUGUGAUGGGAACAAGGAUCUGGUUGUGGUUCUCCUCCAGUCUGGGGUGGACAGAUCCCCUGGGACAGUUGUAGUUCCUAUUCGCCAAAUGAAGGACGCUGACCAGCAUGUAGCAUUGGAAUAAUGGACCGGUGUUCAGAGACUGAAGCCACAGCAACAGAGGAAGAGGACACUGGAAUAAAUUCUUGCAAGUUGCACUGCCUGGUUCUUCUUUCAGUCCAAGUCUAGUGGGGCACAGAGCAUUUUUCCUUUUAAAACCUAAAUAAAAUGUGUUUCAUUCUUCCAUUAAUGUUAUCUGUUAGAUGGCACAGAAGUGUGUUUGAUCUGUUACAUCUAUUACCUAUCAGUUGUGUUCUGAGGACCUGAGAUUCUCUUGUUUGAUCUAUUACUUUUGCCCAUGUUAGAAUUAACAGCAGACAAUAUUCAUUUGAGCUGUUCCCUCAAAAAUUUUAGCACUGAGAUACAGCACAAAGGAUUAAAACUUGCUGUGAGCAAACAACAGAAACCAUUAGUUUCUGCCUUGGUCCUCUUUUCACUCGUGUUUUUCUGGGGUUUGUGUAUUCCCAGUGACAUUCCAGCUGGGUGAAGGCACAUCCUCAAAAAUCUAUUUGUCUCUGUGAUAACUAUAUUUUGAGUAUUUGUUUUGUUUUAAAGUUACUUGCUGAGCUAGUCCUUUUAUCAGAAAUGAUCUCAUGAUCCUUUUGGAUAAUAAAAAUUCAUAAAACCUAACUUUACUUUUUAAAAUGUUGAAGUCCAAAUCCUUUGAUUUCUUCAGAGAGGAUGAAGGGAGCCCCCUGUUCCCCACCCCUUGUCUCUUGUCCCCCUGGUGGUGGGUGAGCAGAGGUGCUUUGAGUAUUUUAAUGUGAAACAAUUGUAAAUUGAUCUCUAGGAGGCCUAGUUGGAAGAUUUAUGACAUUUGUACAUUUUCUCUCUUUGAAAAUUUCUGAUCAAUGAUUAUAUAUUUCUUUGUCUUUUUUUUUCUUAUAGAGACAUUAUUUCCCCACUGUCUUACUGAGGAUAAGGUUAUUGAUAAUGGAGAUAUUAAUGACUACUAUGCUGCCUGUCUCAGGAAAAACUGAGGCUUCCACUUUCUGCUAGCAUGCUUGUCAAAGCCAGAUCCAAAUUAAAAUCAACAGCAAGAUUAUCAUGCAGAAUCCAUUUUAUACUGCUGGUAUGGCAGGGCAUAUUCAACAUGCUCUGGAAGAAUGGUGUGGGUAUAGUAUGUUCUCUUUGGAGACAUGCCAGUCUGUAAUCUCUGUUAUUGUUAUCUUUCAUUAAAAGGUUCAGAGAAAGCUGGAUCCUAAGCUUUUGAAUCCUUAGUAAGCAGAGUAGAAAUCCCCUAUCUAUGGGAAUGCUUUAGUCUUCAUAGUUGACAACUAGGCUCACAUUUAGUCACAAUGUGAAGAAGAUAAAUGUAUAUGGAGAGGUAAUAUUCUGCUAGUUAGAGAACAUGUUGAUUACACCUGAUGUGGAUCAUUUAUCUUAUAAGCAAGUAUUAUUCAAAUGCUUAAGUUAAAAAUACUGCUCUAUAAUAGUUUGCUUUUCAAGGAUGGAAUGAUAACUUUUUUUCCAUCUUCCUUUUGAGAGAAGUACAUCAAAUGAUCAUUUUUAAAGUAUAUUUCUGAUUGUAUAUUGACUAGAGUUAUUUCUUUGUGUUUGUGGACAAAUGACAUGAAUUGUAAAAUGACAACUCAGGACCAACUCACAUCCUUUUAUCCAGCCUGAUCCCAUGUCCUGGAAAUAGUUUCCCCACUUGAAUUAUUUGUAAUUAACAGGGGAAGGUCUGGCCAAAAGAAGACUUGUACAUAUGAUGGUGGAAUGCAGAGUGGAGACCCUUUCUAAAGUUGACAGAUGAAAUUGGUUCACAAGCCUAAAUCGAUAAUGGCUUUUGUCUCUAACACUGUGCAGGACAUGUAGGAAGUAUAAGAUAAGUUUUUGCAAUAAAUCAGUGGAGAGAUGAUUUAAAAAAACUAAAAUGACUUUCAUCCAUCUCCUCCUCACACUUAAACACUAUUCAGUCCAGACUCUGAGGUCUCAUGAACAUCAAGCAGUUUUGUGCUUUGAGCCACAUUUUGACCAAAAAAUGGCUCCAUUUUUCCACUCUGGUUUUUCUUAGGCUAGUUUAAUAUUUUAUAGUCUCCUGGUAGGAAAGUAGUGUUGCUUUCUAUGCUAUAACAAUUGACUUUAUUCUUCUACUCUGAAAAAUCUUAACUUGUUUGAGUGUAUAUAAUAUAUAUAAAGGGAGCCUUAAUGGAUUUGUUUUCAUAAUUUAAUAUUUUUUUGUAUUUGCUCUUGUAUAAUUGUUUUUAAUGGGAAGUAUUACAGAAUUGAGGGUGGACUUCUUAGAACCAAAGUUAUUCUUAAUAAAAAUCACCACAUGCUUGGACCAUG